CGGUUCUUCUUUUUGUUUCUUUCAAAAACCAAAUCUCUGUUUCGAUCUUCAAAGCCCCCCCCCCCAAUCCAUAGUGAAAAUCAAAUAAACAAUUUGAUCCAAUUAGUCUUUCUUGGGUUAAAUUUUAUUGCUAUUAUAGAAAUUUCAAAAAAAAAAAAACCUCAAUGGCUCAAGCUAUUGAAGAAUGGUAUAAGCAGAUGCCCGUCAUCACCCGUUCUUAUCUCACAGCUGCAGUAGCUAUCACUAUUGGCUGUUCUCUCGAAAUAAUAUCACCUUAUCAUCUGUACUUGAACCCUAAACUUGUGGUUAAGCAUUAUCAAUUCUGGCGCCUAAUUACUAACUUCCUGUACUUCCGCAAGAUGGAUUUGGAUUUCAUGUUUCACAUGUUCUUUCUCGCCCGAUACUGCAAACUUCUUGAAGAGAACACAUUCAGGGGAAGGACUGCAGAUUUUUUUUACAUGCUUUUGUUUGGAGCUUCUGUCUUAACUGGCAUUGUGCUUAUAGGAGGAAUGAUACCUUAUCUGUCAGCAUCAUUUGCCCGAAUCAUAUUUCUAAGCAAUUCAUUGACAUUCAUGAUGGUUUAUGUAUGGAGCAAACAGAAUCCUUUUAUACAUAUGAGUUUUCUGGGUCUUUUUACCUUCACAGCAGCUUACUUGCCCUGGGUGCUUUUGGGAUUCUCUGUUCUUGUUGGUGCUAGUGCUUGGGUGGAUCUGCUGGGAAUGAUAGCUGGUCAUGCAUACUAUUUUCUUGAAGAUGUAUAUCCCCGAAUGACUGGUCGCAGACCCCUAAAGACUCCAUCUCUCAUCAAAGCGCUGUUUGCAGAUGAGGAUGUAGUGGUAGCACGGCCGGAAAAUGUGAGAUUUGCUCCACCACCUGCUGAGGAACUUCACAGGGAUUAAUCUGCCGUAUGGAAACUAGACCAACGAAGUGUACCUUGGUGGGGUUGAUCUCUGCUUGGACAUGACAAUUGCCUACAAAAGUGUAGUUUGCCCCUUCGUAAAAGCGUUCAAGCUUACAUUGCUAAUCAUGAAAACAAUAUAUCUUGAUUCGCAUUAGAGGUUAGCUAUGUAUAUAUGACCUACUACAGUUAUGCUGAUUUGGAGAUUUGAGUUUUGUAAUUUUAUACCUACACUGAGUGCUUUUGGUUGGUAUAUGAUGCCCUUUGUGCAUCUGCUAUGACCCAAGCAGCAUUAACUCACAAAUUUAAUGUUUUACCCCUUUUCGUGGCGGAACUCUGAUCA